AUGGAGAGACUCGACGCGGAGCAGAUCAAGGCUAUUCUGGCUGCUUUUCCUUUUCUCUUUGUUCUCGAUUUCAUUGGGGAUGUGGCAGCAAAUGGCACAGAGGAUUUUACCCGUGCAGCAGCGAGUCUGCCACAGAGUGUGCGUUUGGCAAUUAUCGAAGCAACUGCGGCUUCGUUUCGAUUGAGGUGCCACGAACCCACGCUGGGCAGCUCUACAACCGUGGCUGCACCGCCUGGUCCUACUCUUGCCACAGAACCUACCUCCAUGGGUACGACGAUGGUAGGUGACAGAAAUGUUGUUGCUUUUCCGCAACAACUCGGCCUCUGCCGAUCUUUGCCGCUGGAAGGAAUGCUUUUUGGACUGGACAUGGCUUCUUUAACACCCAUGGAUCGCAUUGUUUUGCCUCUCAUAGCGAGCCAGGCAGCUGCUUCGCUGGAUACCAUCACCCAGGAGGUACAGUGGCUGGUGGCCCAUGGUGCAGACAGGAGCCUUGUUGCUCAUUUCAAAGCGGGUUAUUUCAAACAGGACCAUGAUUCGUUUCACGCUGCUCCUGAGUUGCGGAUUGGGAACUGGUGUCUGGCAUUCUGUGCCACGCUGUUUUGCGAUGCUUUCGUGGGAAUGUACAACAAUUCCAAAUCGGCCGGGCUCUUUGUCGAGGCUUGGAUUGUUCACCUACGGUCUUCGGCAAAUGGGCAGUUGAUUUUCCAGCAUUUCGUUUACCUUGGCAGAUCGGUGAGUUCGGUGACUCGCCUUUUUCGGCAGUGCCCUUGUAUGGCCUUCUUUCACUGGCAAAUUGGGAGCCAAGCUAAUUGGCACUGGCUUCAUCGUCUUGCAGAUUUGCGUUCUUGGCUACAUCCCGAUGAUUCGGUUACCGAGUGA